AUGCUAUCAGUCUCGAGGCGGUGGCUACUAGCAUGGGCUCUAUUUGCAGUAUGCGAUGUCGCCUUGGCCGCUGCACAUGGUGAAGAAGCCGGAGAAAAAGGCGACAUGCAUAAGGGCCAUACGGGUGGGAUGGACCAUAAUGCUUCCCUCAAUGUACCGGCGCAUUCGGACGACGCGGACACUUAUUGGAGGCUAACGACAGCAAGAUGGCUGAUAUACGGCCAUAUCAUUCUUAUGGUCAUCGACUGGGUCCUCGUUCUGCCAGUGUCAAUAAUGUUCGCGGUUGCCAAAUCAAACCUUCACAUCCCAGCCCAAUUUGUUUUCCUUGCAAUUAACGGCUUCGCGAUCUUUCUCUCCAUUCUAUACAAUGCCCAGACUCCGGAUCUCUAUCCAGCGAAUGCUCAUCACCGGAUGGGAUGGGUCGCCGUUGCAAUUCUUACCGUGCAGACCGUCGUCGGGGUGAUUUUCUCCGUCGCGAAGAGCAGUGACGCUCCGAAGAAUGAGGAGGCGUCGUCGUUGAUGGCCGCUGCCACAGCACGGUACCAACGCAUGGAGAAUCGCCAAGGGUCGUGGAAUAGCGAUAGUGCGCAUGGUGGAUCGGAUCAUAGCCCUUCGUCACGUUCUCCGUCUUUGGAAGAGGAGUCUCUGUACAACCAGCAUGAAGAGCAGGAACUCAAAGCCAUUGACGAAGAAACCAAGUUCGAGAAACUAGCGAAGAAAUAUGUACCUCGCUAUGCUAUCGCACAACAAUGGAUUACUAUCGCCAGUGUUGGAUAUCAAAUUUCGCAGCGGUUGUUGCUUAUUUGGACAUUUAUGUUGAUUGCUACCGGUGCCUCGACCUACACUGGUGUUUUCAAAGGCGGCAAUAUCUUCACUGGCCUCGCUCAUGUUAUUAAAGGAGGUAUCUUCUUCUACUAUGGUAUUUUCACCCUUGGACGAUAUCUGGGCUGCUUUGCGGACCUUGGUUGGGCAUGGAACGUCAAACCGGACGCAUCGAUGGUCGGGAAGUUCCGUGCGAACAUCAAAUCCGCUGAAAUGGUCGAGUCUGCCCUCAUCUUCACUUAUGGUUUCACAAACGUUUGGUUGGAACACCUAGCUGGAUGGGGUCAGGAAUGGCAUAUGGGUGACCUUGAGCACGUCUCGAUCGCUUUCUGGUUCCUGGGAGGCGGCUUACUCGGUAUCUUGACGGAAUCCGAAUGGAUUCGGGGUCUUUUGAACAAUGUCUAUUCCGAAGAUGCUCAAAUUGCCAUCAACCAGUACGAAAUGGCGGUUUCACAGACCGUAUUCCCAGAGAAGCCGAAGUUCCGACAAAGCAUGAACGUUUUCCCCUCGCUCGUCAUUUUCAUGCUCGGGAUCCUUAUGGGUAGCCACCACCAGGAGAAGGUGCUUGGCACAAUGUUACACAAGCAGUGGGGUUUGCUUUUGUCUGGUGCUGCAGUGUUCCGCUUGGGAUCCUUCUUGCUUGUCUUCUUGAAGCCACCGACGUCGUACCUUCCUUCUCGACCAUUUACUGAGCCACUGGCUGCCUUUGCUCUGAUGGCAGGUGGUUUAGUUUUCUGUUUGAGUAACUCGGAAACAAUUAAUGCUUUCGAUGCCAUGAACGUUGACGGCAUGUUUGCCUUCACCCUUUCCUUGGGCAUAACAGCCUUGUUAAUGAGCUACCAGACAUUGGUGGUUGCUUUGAAGGGUUGGGCGGUGAAGCGGGAAGCGUCUCACUCACACAAGAGCGUGUUCAGAAUUACUUGA